CUGUGCACAAACACAGACACACACGUUUGCAAGGAAAACAACACAAAAUAUAUACCAGGCUUGCUCCAACCUCCAGGAUCUCUCCUCUUUUCAAAGUCGCUAUGUGGACCCUCCUCCCACCGCUGCCCCAGUGGACGCGAGCAGCUGUGGAGCGCGAGCCUUCCAGCUGCGCACCGCCCAGUUCCCCGUGCCUGACAGCUCGUGCAACAACCUGAUGCAGCAGAGCACCUUCAACGACAUCCAGGAGCAAUUCGGCGACAUGGUGUUGCCCGGCAACGGCUACAGUGGCAGUAACAACAACAACAAUAACAACAACAACAACAACCACAGCCCUGACAGCGGCUACAACGCCUUCCUGCCUCCCCAUCCCACCUUCCAGCUGCCGUGGUGCCCUGGACUCUCCUCUGAUGCGGACUACUAUGGCCCUGGGAUGGCUCCCUGCUCCCCACCGGAGUCGCUGAAGCUCUGCAACCCCAUGGAUCACAACAGCUACUCACCACAGGACUCUUUCUCAUCCUCUUCCUCUUCUUGCUACGACUCACCCACCAGGAUGGAGUCCAGCUACCACAGCUUCCCCUCAGAGCACUACCACUAUCAACACUGCAACCUCCAGGACUGUUACUGCCUGUCCCACUGCUGGCCGGGCCAACAGGAGAGCUUCUCUGCCCCCGAAUAUGCACCUUACUACAACCCCACAGACUAUCCAUACACCUGUCCUGCGGAGGAGAACUAUUAUAAGAGGGAUCUGAUGAGCUCUGAAAUGUGUUACAAUAUACUAUGAUGAGACCGUCGACAGUAUUGUUUGUCUUUGACUGUAAAUAUUCUGUUCAAGUAGCCAGUGAGGCUGUUUGCUGUUUGCUUGGAUGGUCUGCUGUGCAUUUCACUGUGUGCUCUGAUUGGCUUCUUGCUUUGGUGGAAUGAUGAAUGCUGAAUGGAUGGAAAGGCUGAUAUUUUUGUAUCGAUGACUCUUAUUUUACUACUAAGAUUUAUUUUCAUACACAUAACUUGUUUCGUUAAAUAAAAAAGUGUUA